UGAACAGAAUAUAAGCAGGAGACAGUCUUUUGCUCGCCCUUUUUGCGAAGAACAAGUUCCUGACUCACCGCUGUUCGCGUGAUUUUACUCCGAAUAAGUCGGUCAGGAAUAAUCACAAUGGCUUUCAAGGACACCGGCAAGGCACCUGUCGAAACUGAGGUUGCCAUUCACCGCAUCCGCAUCACACUCACCAGCCGCAAUGUCAAAUCUCUGGAGAAAGUCUGUGCAGACUUGAUCCGUGGGGCUAAGGAGAAGAACCUGAAGGUGAAGGGACCCGUCCGCAUGCCAACCAAGACUCUGCGUAUCACCACCAGAAAGACUCCCUGUGGUGAGGGGUCCAAAACCUGGGAUCGCUUUCAGAUGAGGAUCCACAAGCGCCUUAUUGAUCUGCACAGCCCAUCUGAAAUUGUCAAGCAGAUCACCUCAAUCAGCAUCGAACCAGGUGUCGAGGUUGAAGUUACCAUUGCAGAUGCGUAAACACUGCAGAUGAUGCAAUAAAGAAAUGAAAAAGGAAA